CUCAGUCACUCGUAGAUACAUGUAGACGAGGGUGAGCUACAGAGAGCCAGAGAGGUAGAGAGAGCAGUUUGUGGAUGGCUCUACGAAUUGUGAGCAGAAAAGCCCAAGGACUGGGGUUUCGGCAUGUUCGUGGAUUGCAGAGCUUCUCGCUGCCGGACCUGCCCUACGACUACGGGGCUCUGGAGCCGGUGAUCAGCGCUGAGAUCAUGCAGCUCCACCACCAGAAGCACCACCAGACCUACAUCUCCAACUACAACAAGGCCCUUGAGCAGCUCCACCAUGCCCUCUCCAAGGCCGACUCCCCCACCAUCGUCGGAUUGCAGAGCGCCAUCAAAUUCAACGGCGGAGGUCAUAUAAACCACUCGAUUUUCUGGAAGAAUCUCGCACCCAUUAGUGAAGGAGGUGGUGAGCCUCCAAAGGCUUCCCUAGGCUGGGCCAUUGACAACCAAUUUGGUUCUCUUGAAGCAUUGAUUCAGAAAGUCAAUGCAGAAGGUGCUGCUUUGCAAGGCUCUGGAUGGGUUUGGCUUGCUCUUGAUAAGGAGCAGCAGAAGCUUUCAGUUGAAACCACUGCAAAUCAGGAUCCACUUGUGACUAAAGGAUCAGCUUGGGUCCCGUUGUUUGGAAUAGAUGUUUGGGAGCAUGCAUAUUACCUACAGUACAAAAAUGUGAAAGCGGAUUAUCUGAAGAACAUAUGGAAGGUUAUUAACUGGAAAUAUGCAAGUGAAGUUUAUGAGAAGGAGAGUCCAUGUCUCGAGAGACAAUAAGCUCAGUCUUGUGGAUGGGUUUUUACUGAAUGCAGGGUCUGGCCAGGUGUAUGUAGGAAAAAUAAGCAUCAGUGUAAAUAAGAGACCAAAGUUUGUAGUGAGAUUUGCCGUCUUUUGGUUAUCUUUCCAUGUAUCAGCUGUUAUGUUUGUAAUAAUAUUUUCUUUCUUUUGGUGUC